CCACAUACUAGCAACAUCCUGCCUCGCCGCCUGUUUACAGUCAGUCAACGACGCAACUGUGUCAUUUUCACAGCUGGUGUGUGAAGAAGAAUUGGAUAAAAUGUGGAGAACAUCUUCAUAAUCUUGAUUCACCAUCCUAACAAGGAGCCUUAACUACAAUGUCGUGUCGGGACAUUCACGCCACCAACGCCUUUUCCUUCAUCAUUGCCUUGCUGUGUGUGGGAGGCCUCGCUGUAGCAGCAGUGAUUCCACAGUGGCGCGUAACACGGCUGAUCACUUUCAACCGAAAUGCCAAAAAUGUUAGUGUGUAUGAUGGAUUGUGGGCCAAAUGUGUCAAGCAAGACGGAUAUUCCGGGUGUUACUUUUACGAUUCAGAGUGGUACUCCAAGGUUGACCAGCUCGAUCUCAGGCUGCUGCAGUUUUGCCUGCCCAGUGGAAUGAUAUUUGGUACCCUGGCGCUGCUUCUAUCCAUGGCAGGCAUGUGUAAAACUUGCUGCUGCUCUGACAAACCGGAACCAGACAUUAAAACCACCAGGUUUUUAGUAAACAGUGCCGGCUGCCACCUGGUGGCUGGGAUGUUCUUGUUUCUGGGUGGAGCUAUUCCCAUGGCGCCCUCUGUGUGGUUCCUGUACCGCACCAAGGAGUUGAACAUCAGAUACGACAACCUUUUCUCUGACGGCUUUGCAGUGUACGUGUCAAUAGGGUGCUCGGGUGGACUGAUGUUAGCGGCCCUGCUGAUGUUCAUGUGGUACUGUAUGUGUAAGAAACUGCCUUCCCCGUUCUGGUUGCCGUUACCCUCCAUGUCAAACUCGCUCUCCACACAACCUCUUACUGCCAAUGGCUUCCCUCCUUCUCCAGUUUAUGGUCCACAGGCCUUCCCACCACAGACCUAUCCUCCCACCGUGAUUGAUGCCCAGCAGUAUGUGUCUUCACAGGGGCAUGCCCAAAGUGUGGCUGUCGCUGCGCCACAACAGGUCUACAUCUCUCAGAUCUCUGCUCCUGAUGGGUAUGGGUCUGAAGUUGGGGGGACCCAGGCCUAUGGCUAUGCUCCCUCUCAAAGCUACGCACCCUCACAGACCUACACACACUCGCAAAGCUACGCGCCCUCACAGAGCUACGCGCCCUCUCAAAGUUACGCUCCCUCGCAGGGGUAUGCGUCCAGCCAUGUGGGACAUCGCUACUCAACUCGCUCACGAAUGUCUGCCAUAGAAAUUGAUAUCCCAGUUCUGACUCAGUGACAGCCAAGAAGACGUUGUUAAACUCAAACUCCUCACUCUUAUAACACUAUAAUAGCCUUUAUGAUUAAACUUUAAUUCCAUGAUAGGGAACAUGGCAAGUAGUCUAAAUGAAGGAUUUUAUGUUCAGUGUCCAACCUUGAAGUCUGUGCACUGUUAAUUCUUGUAUGUUUCCUGCCAAAAUGACAGCAACACUCUUAACCAGCAAGCCUUUUUUUUAAGUUACUAGUGCGUUUGUAACACUACAAAAUGCUGUUGACAUGCUACAAACCGUGCCAAACCACAGCAAAGUCACAAAAGAAUCUAUGUUUGUCAUUAGUUUUUGAGCAAUCCCUUGCUAACGGGUCGAUUAUUUUAAAUAGAGAAACACUGAGUCAUUGGAGAAUAGAUUAAAUCUGUUUAGUUGCUAAUAUUGUGUCACUGCCUGUGAAGAACCGAUGUUCAUCAUUAAUAAUUCACUUUUUAUGUGAAGACUGUGCCAAUUCAUUUAACCUUUUUUUGAGGUUUGUUAACAAUCAUAACAUUUUUGUUGAUAGUUUUAAUGUUGCAUGUUCGGCACGUUAUAAAGGUUACAAUUUUUGCUGUUGCAUUUGUUAAAUGUGAUAAAGGGAUUGGUGUUUUGUGACUUGUGAUCAGGUUCACCAUAUGGCUGGGAUUAUUCUUAAACUUCUAAUACAGCAGGAUCACGCUGAUGUUAAUGUGAUGCCACUAACAACACUGUUUAACAUGCACUGAUGCUUUUUUUUUUGUUUAAUCUUGUCAUUUAGUUGGCUGUAUCAAAGUCAAUAAAAAUGUUUUUUAUUCUGUU